CAUCGGUGACAUCAGUUUCCGAAAAUCACUGCCCUCGUGCGUAACAAAGUCCGAUCGGUCCUGGUUGUACGAGCUGAGUUCGUGUUCGAGUGCAAAAAACGGCAAAAACAAUCCAAAUGUCGGUGCUUAUGCAGGCCAAAAAAUAGAAUCUUGGAAAAGCGAUCCGCGUAGAAGUGAUAAAGAGUGGGGUGCUGAACAGCAAAGCAAAAGGUGUGUAGGAAAGCCAGUCUAAACAAAAUCAUUGUCUUCUUGUGUAAGGGAAGUGCCUUUUUUGAAAAACGUGGAAAAAGAGAAAAAAUACUCACCGCUAGCCAGGCUAGCUACGAUUUCCAUUCCCGUUGCAUCGUUGCGUCAGCUCACUGAAAAGAGCUGAAAAGUAAAUAAAAUUUGUGACACUUGAGUAAGGUGCUUGUGGAAGUGUUGAACUGCGUUCCGAGUUCCAGUGAAAAUUUCGGUGAAUGUGCUUAGGAAGUUAAUCCGGAUGAAGAUGUCAAGAUUAGUGCUCGCCAGAAAAUGCAUUGAAGCAAUAGGAGGAGCCUUCGGUGGUAACACCGGCGGAGCGUCUCUGGUUACACAAUACUGUCGGUCGCUGUCGACGCAAGCUGGAAAGGUCCACCAGACGACGGGUGGAGUGGACCAGCAGCCGGCAGAUCCGGAAGCGGUUCAUGCUGAUUUGCACCAACGAUUGACCAGUCUGUUCGAGGAGGAAACAAAUCGCAAUCUCAUUGUGCCACCGUUCAAGCGGGCGCUGCUCUAUGGGGAGAAAUCCGCCGUCCGGGAUCACACCGGAGAUUACAGCUUCAUACAGAUCUACGAGGCUGUGAAGCGAUUGGCCUUGCAGAUUUCCAACUGCUGCGGAAGCGCAUCACAAUCACGAGUAGCAUUUAUCUGUCCCAACAAUGCAACAUACGUAAUCAGCCAAUGGGCAUGUUGGUUUUCCGGACAAAUUGCUGUCCCACUGAAUCCAAAAUAUCCACAAGACUUACUCGAGUAUUAUAUUAAAGAUUCCGACGCUUCAUUACUUAUUUCGACACCCGAAUUCCAGAACAUUGCCCAGCCUCUGGCAACUAAGUUGGACAGGAAAUUGCUUCUGGUACAUCAUGAUUUGCUGAAGAGCGAAGCCAAGCAACCUGGAGAAGAAGACACAUCUUAUCUGGAUCCUAAACGAGAAAAUUUGCUGCAACUCAACGACAGUCUGGUGGUUGAAGGCUGCCUGAAUGGAGAAUUUUAUCGAGAUGGCAACGCCAUGAUAUUGUACACCUCUGGAACGACUGGCAAACCAAAAGGUGUCGUACUCAGUUAUGCCAACAUAGAUGCACAAUUUAAUUCAUUAUCACAUGCUUGGCAAGUGAAGGGAAACGACUCCGUACUUCAUGCGCUUCCUCUGAACCACGUCCAUGGAACCGUCGUUGCAUUGAAUUUGCCUUUGUCCGUUGGAGCUAAAUGUGUCAUGCUGCCCAAGUUCGAUAGCAGUAGUGUAUGGAGCUACAUACUGAAUGUCAACAUGACGAGCAAGGAACGGGUCAACAUGAUUAUGGGUGUUCCAACGAUGUAUGGGUUACUUAUCAAAGAAUACGACAACGUAUUCGAGAAGAAUGCUCGAAUGGUUGACUACGUGAAGACUCAUUGUAAAAACAAGAUCAAAUUGAUGAUUUCCGGUUCGGCCCCUUUACCUGGCACAAUUUUCAACAGAUGGUAUGAAAUCAGUGGUCAUAACUUGCUGGAACGCUAUGGAAUGACAGAAAUUGGUAUGGCUGUUUCGAAUCCACUUAUCCAAGACAAUACGCGGGUACGCAAACAAGGAUGCGUUGGAAUGCCUUUGCCAGGCGUAAGCGUUAAAAUCGUCGAUAAAGAACACAACAAGGAGCUGCUCCUUGAAGGAAAGGCAAAUGAGGGGUAUUGGAACACGGCUACAGAUGCGAACGUGGUAGGCUCCAUCGAACAUCAAAGUAUUGCUGGAAAUAUCUACGUAAAAGGCCGUUCUGUAUUUAGUGAAUACUGGCAAAAACCAGAAGAAACAAAAGCUGAAUUUGAAAAUGGAUGGUUCAAAACUGGCGAUACCGCAGAAUACAGUGAAGGAACCAUCAAGAUCCUCGGACGAACAUCUGUCGAUAUUAUCAAAUCUGGCGGUUUCAAACUAUCUGCAUUGGAAAUCGAAACCGCUAUCCACGAACAUCCACAAACAACAGACGUCGCUGUGAUUGGACUUCCAGAUGAGACCUGGGGAUCCAAAGUGGUCGCCGUAAUCAGUGUCAAAGAUCCCGAAACGUUCAGCAUUCCUCGAUUGUUAGUAUGGCUCGAACAGAAGCUGCCGAAACAGGCGAUUCCCAAGGAAGUGAAGCUGAUUUCCGAGGUUCCCAGGAACGCCAUGGGUAAGAUCAAUAAGAAGGAACUGAUCCAAACAUUAAAUGCCGACGAACAGCAAAAUCAGGAGAAAGUCGUGAAGUAAGUUGGGACGUAUCAUGUUUAUGUUUUUUUUUGUUCUAUUAAUACUUAGUUCUGUGUAAUAUCACAACAUUGCUCACCGUAACAGGCGAGAAAUGGUAUAUUAUAAGAUCAUGGGAUAAGUAACAGCUAGUCAUCGAUGUUAGACUGUGUCACGCGAAUGAACUAGAUUAGCUAUGUGUCAUGAUUAAAGACUUAUCAAUAGCAGGGUCAAACUUGCAUAAAUAUUUACGAGAAGCACAUGCUAAUAUCUAAAAACAUUCUAUCUAACAAUCGUUGUAAGCAUUUUUUUGUAGCUUACUCUAUUUAAUGUUAGCCGAAAAGCUACGAUAAAUACAAUUCGAAAUAUUCACUGACAA